UUAUAUUUUAAAGAUAGUCCCCUCUAUAUAGUCUUUGAUAUCUGCUAACGUUAACUAAACGCGAUCUGAUUUUGUACAAUCGCUUCCUAAUUGGGUGAAUUUGCCGACACUAUGUAUUUUGCUCCAAACACAUCAUUUUUAGGUUUCAUCUUACUCUUAAUCAAUAGAAACAUAAAUCAAAUUACUCCACUAGUGGUUUCAAACAGAUGAACUUCAUUCCAUUAAACGAUUAGAUCUUAAACUAUAUGAAGAUCUAUCUUCUCUGUAAAUCAAUGCGCUACCACUUUCUUUGAACGGUACACGUCCUGGCCAAUAUGGACAAUGAAAAAAAAUUAAAGAAUUGAAUAAUAAUUAAAGUAGGGUAAUUUCAACCUAAUUAGCAUAUAUUAUUCAACAAAUAUAAAUACAAAAUGGAAUUGUUACCUGAUGGUCAAGCCAAUACUGCUGCUGAAGUAUUGUGGGAAGAUCAACAAAGAAUUAAUAAAUUUUCAACGAUAAUAAACAAAAAAGAUGAAUUAACUGCUGUAUUGAAUAAAUAUAAGACUGAGAAAGAAUAUCUAGAUGAUUUAUCACUUGAAAUAGAAUUAUUAGAUGAAGACGAGAAAGUCCAAUAUAAGAUAGGUGAAGCAUUUGUUUAUAUGAAAGUAUCGAAGGCUAUUGAAAGGGUAGAAAAGGAUAAUGAAAAAUUGACUGCCAAAAUAGAGGAUAUAGAUGGAACUUUAGAAGGUUAUGAAGAAAGUUUAGAUUCAUUAAAGACAGACUUGUACGCUAAGUUCGGAAAUAAUAUCAAUCUUGAACGUUAGAUAUACAGGUUUUAUGUUUCGCUUCUCAAAGCUGUUAAGGGGUUAAUGUUUUAUAAAGAU